AUGGGAUAUGUCAAUCAAUGUGAAGUUUGGGUUCCACAGCUAUUGAUGGAAAUCGACUUUAUGAACGUACGUUUUUUUUUCCAGCGACAUGAAAGAGAUCCUUUUUUAAAGAGACUUAUCACUGAAAUGAGACUUGGAUUUUAUAUCAAAAAGUGCAUCGAAAAUGCACUUGAUUUAAGGACAACAGACCUUCAACUCGUCGCGAAAUCUGGACUUCAUCCGAAGAAAGUGAAAUCAUCAAUUUUGGAAAAUGAUCAGCUUGAUAAAUUAAAAGACGUCAUAGCAGAAAAACAGCCAAAAUUAGCGAACCGACGAGGCCAUCACGACAAUGCAAAACCGCAUAUUAUAUUGACUAUAAGAGAAAAACUGUUACAGAUUGAUUAG